UGUUACGGAGAGUACUGCAGAGUAGAAGCUUCAUCUCCACUCAACUCUAAACAGUGUCCCUUAUUUUCUCGUCUUCCAUGGCUGCUUCUGUGUCUCUUGCUUGUUUUCUUUGCUUUUUACUGGGUUUUCUAAUGUUGGGUUCCAUCGAAUCCAGAAAUUUUCACGAGCUUUUUCAGCCAUCUUGGGCUUUCGAUCAUUUCAUCUAUGAAGGAGAGCUUCUUAAGCUUAGACUUGACAACUCAUCUGGUGCUGGGUUUUCAUCGAAGAGCAAGUACAUGUUUGGGAAGGUCACGAUUCAAAUAAAACUCAUAGAGGGUGACUCUGCUGGAACCGUCACUGCAUUUUAUAUGUCAUCAGACGGCCCAAAUCACAACGAAUUCGACUUCGAGUUCCUGGGGAAUACCACAGGCGAACCUUACUCUGUUCAAACCAACGUGUACGUUAAUGGCGUGGGUAACAGAGAACAGAGAUUAAACCUCUGGUUUGACCCAACCAAGGAUUUCCAUUCCUAUUCCAUCUUCUGGAACCGUCGUCAAGUCAUCUUCCUUGUAGAUGAAACCCCAAUAAGAGUUCACACAAAUCUGGAGCACAGAGGCAUACCCUUUCCAAAGGACCAAGCGAUGGGAGUUUACAGCUCAAUAUGGAACGCUGAUGACUGGGCGACGCAAGGUGGUCGGGUGAAAACGAAUUGGGCCCACGCGCCGUUCAUCGCAUCGUACAAAGGGUUUGAGAUCGACGGGUGCGAGUGCCCAACAGCGGUGGCGACAGCGGAGGUGGCUCGUAAGUGCAGUAGCGACGGGGAGAAGAAGUAUUGGUGGGAUGAGCCAACAAUGUCGGAGCUGAAUUUGCAUCAAAGCCAUCAGCUGCUUUGGGUUCGGGCUAAGCAUAUGGUUUACGACUAUUGUACGGAUAGCAGUAGGUUCCCAGUUACUCCUGCCGAGUGCGUUCAUCACACCCACCAUUAGUACCAUUAGUGAUGAUGGAUUUGGUUUGUUUGUUUUUCUGGAUUAGUGUGUUGUACAAACAGGGAAAUAGGGUGGGUGGAAUGGGGGAGAAGAAGAACGGAUUAAACAUGUGCUUCAUGUUUUGUUUUUGAGUGUUAUAAUGGCUGAAAUGGAGUAUUGAUGUGGGCCGCUGGGUUGGGUUGUUUAUCUGUAGUGAAUGAUUUAUACGAGUAAUUUUAUUAUUAUCCUUUUAACCA